UCACGAUUCAGAAUAUAACCCAACCGGCUCGUCCCUCGCUUCUCACCUCACCCCGUCCGGACUGCGGACCUAACGCGCGAGCACGAAGCCCUAGUUUGCGCCGCCGCCGCCGAUACAUCCGGCCUCUCCUCGCCCGCCGGCCGCGAUGUACAACGGCAUCGGGCUGCAGACCGCGCGGGGGUCGGGCACCAACGGGUACGCGCAGAGCAACAAGUUCCUCGUCAAGCCCCGCUCCACAUCCGGCUGGGGUCCGGGCGGACGCCACAGGCCGCUGCCCCUCGAAGCCGCCGGCGCGGAUGGCGGCGGGAUGCGCAAGCCCAACAAGGAGAUCCUCGAGCACGACCGCAAGCGGCAAGUCGAGGUCAAGCUGCUCGUGCUCAGGGACGCGCUCGAGGAGCACGGCUACACCGAAGACGAGAUCGAGGAGCGCGUCGCGGAGGCGCGCAAGGCCGCGGAGGCAGAGGCGGCCGUGGCCGCGGAGGAGGCAGGGAGCGGUCGUGGCGCCGGGCGACCGCCUCUGCCCGGCAGAGGAUAUGGAUCUGUUGGCGUCGUUUAGGUUUCAGAUUGCGCAGAUAAGGCCAGAUGUCGAUUUUUGAAGGAUAGGCCAGAUGUCGAUUGUCUAGCAAGACCUAGAUGUAGUGGCUUCGAUAUUAGUAUGGAAGUCUUCUGCAGUGAAAGCUAGUACUUAAAAUCAUUUAUUCGAAUUGUAUAUGUUCUGUUUAUAUGUUCGUGCAUUUGUCCAUCUUUUGGAUCGUAAAAUCAUUUAUCAGUCCCAA